UCGAAGACAGACGCGCGCUGUCGAUCGCCGUUGUAGGGAAGGUUUGUCCCAGUGAGGUUGCCGUAGGACGGUUUGCAAUGCAGGUCAAAGUUCAAGCUGAGUCGGGAAAGAUGGACGUCAAUCAGGCCAAACAAGAGCAUUUGCUUGCUUUAAAAGUGAUGCGGUUAACAAAGCCAACUUUAUUCACAAAUAUGCCAGUGACAUGCGAGGACCGAGACUUGCCAGGGGACCUUUUCUCCAAACUUAUGAGGGAGGAUCCCUCUACUGUAAAGGGAGCUGAGACAUUAAUGCUUGGUGAAAUGCUCACACUUCCUCAAAACUUUGGAAAUAUAUUUCUUGGAGAAACAUUUUCCAGCUACAUCAGUGUUCACAAUGAUAGUAAUCAGAUUGUCAAAGACAUCCUUGUGAAGGCAGACCUUCAGACAAGUUCUCAGCGACUAAAUCUGUCAGCAUCCAAUUCUGCUGUUGCGGAACUCAAACCUGAAUGCUGUAUUGAUGAUGUUAUACAUCAUGAAGUAAAAGAAAUUGGAACACAUAUAUUAGUGUGUGCAGUAAGUUAUACUACUCAGAUGGGAGAGAAGAUGUAUUUCCGAAAAUUCUUUAAAUUUCAGGUCCUCAAACCACUGGAUGUCAAGACCAAGUUCUACAAUGCUGAGAGUGACCUCAGUUCUGUGACGGAUGAAGUCUUCCUGGAAGCGCAGAUUCAGAACAUCACCACCUCCCCCAUGUUUAUGGAGAAAGUUUCCCUAGAACCCUCUAUUAUGUACAGUGUUAUGGAACUUAAUACUGUCUCCACAGGCGAGGAGGGAGUAUCCACAUUUGGAAAAAUGUCAUACUUACAGCCGAUGGACACACGCCAGUAUUUAUACUGCUUGAAGCCCAAACCUGAAUUUGCAGAGAAGGCUGGGGUCAUCAAAGGUGUUACAGUGAUAGGCAAGCUUGACAUAGUUUGGAAAACCAACCUUGGAGAAAGGGGUCGGCUUCAAACCAGCCAGCUACAAAGAAUGGCUCCUGGUUAUGGUGAUGUCAGACUUUCUCUGGAACAGAUACCUGACACUGUCAAUCUUGAAGAACCAUUUGAUAUCACCUGUAAAAUUACAAACUGCAGCAGUGAGAGGACUAUGGAUAUGGUUCUGGAAAUGUGCAACACAAACUCUAUCCACUGGUGUGGAGUUUCAGGAAGGCAACUGGGGAAGCUGAAUCCGAGUUCCUCUCUCUCUCUCACUCUCAAGCUCUUAUCUUCAGUUCAGGGCCUCCAGAGUAUAUCUGGCUUAAGGCUUACAGAUACAUUUUUGAAAAGAACUUAUGAAUAUGAUGAUAUUGCCCAAGUAUGUGUAGUAUGCUCACAUUUGAAUCCGGAUAGCUGAAGUUUAUCGUGUUUUAACUUGGAUCUCACUGGACCAACAUUGGAACCUUCUGAAUCAUCAGCUGCAUUUAUCAUUUUAUUAAAAGAAAUGUUAAUGUUACUGAUUUUAAAAUAUUGAAUGUUUUAAUUAUAUGUGCAUAUAAGUUAUAUAUUAAUUUUAAUGUGAAUAAACUAUUACUACAUUUAUCUGUUCUACCUUUAUAGGUAUGCAAGGUUAAAAGAUGACCUGAGAUUUUGUUGAUAUCACAAAACACUUUGAUUUUUGUCUUAAAGAAAACUGUUUCUUGUACCAACAUCAGCUGAGCUGUUCUAUUUUAAACAUCAUUGUUUUAAAUUGGUUUAUUUUUGCUGAACUGCUAUCAGUACUUCUUUAAUUUAGAAUAAAUAUACAAUACUAGAGUUAUACACUCCAUUGCUACAGAGAAAACUCUCCACAUUCUGCUGUGAUACAAAAGAAGUUGGAUCUCAAAUUAAGUGUCAUGCUUUUCAUAUUCAGCAAAUGUUACUGGGAUUGUUGGUAUUUGUGUUAGGAAACCAGUCUGUUGGCAGGAAAUGGCUUUUUUAAGUCAUACAAGCAUUUUCAUGUUAUGAAAUGUGGGGGUUGCACUGGUCUGAGGUGCUGUGUUGUCAGCACUACAUUUGCACUGCUCAUCACCAAGAAAACAAAACGCUAAUGUAGGAUUACCACUCCUCUGUGAUCCUCUUUGCUCCCAGUUCUGUCAUUUACUGUUUUCCAUUUCUUUUACCACGGCCAACUGUUCAGAUACAAAAUAAUUUGACCAACGUAAAAUGGAAAACAGAAAUCUUCUGAUAUGUGUGAACCAUUGAUUCAGAUUUUAGAGAUUAUAAAUGAGAUGU